ACCACAAGAUUCGUCCAAAACACCAGGAUUUGAAUACGUCCAAGAUAAUCCGGACGAUACAAAAAUCCUCCAUUUGUCAGCUCCAUCGCUUGUCACGUUGUCCAAUAAAAUCCGACACCAGCAAUAAUAUGGAUAAGAACACUGACGAAAUUCAAGUAAAAAGAAACACAAAAUUCCGACAAGCGUUCCUCUACCAAAAUUUAUCCGACCUUGCUCUGACGACUCAAAAAUGGCUAAAAACCUACCAACAAAGUAAGGUCGCUCCUACCACCGGGAAAAAAUCGAAGCUCUGCUUCAUCAUUACCUGUCAAGGGACGCAUUAUCCCUCCAUGGGGCAGAAACUGUACUCCUAUUCUCCCCUAUUUCGACAGCAUUUCGACACCUGUGCCAAAAUUGUGAAAACCCAGUACGACGUGGACAUCAAGCAAUUUCUCGAGGAUCUUUCCGAGUCGCCAGACUGGAUGAAUUUUCCUCGUAACUUUCUCCCUUAUCUGCUCGCCGUUCAAUACGGCCUGUUCAAACAGUGGGAGGCUUGGGGGAUUGUGCCCGAUUACGUGUUGGGUCUCUCAUUCGGAGAAUACGGGGCUGCAGCCAUGGCUGGAAUUUUAACGCUUGAAGAAGCCUUUAAACUGAUCAUGACGAGGGUGGAGCUCAUGACCAAGUUUAUCAAGGAGGAAGCAAUGUGUGUCGGAAUGAUGGAUAGGAAAACGAUGGAAAAACUGCUGGAAGAAGCCAAACAAGAAGUUGGGGAGGAUAUAAAAUUGGAAAUUGCUGCACUAAAUAGUCCCCUGCAAACAUGUCUAGUAGGAAGUAUGAAAUGGGCGUCGUAUUUUGCAGAAGUAUGUACAAAGAACGGGAUAAAAAACCACCUUGUCCCGCAUCAUCCGUACCACUCCUCCUUAACGGAACCGAUUCUACCCGAAUUUCUCAAGACGACAAGCUCCGUGAAGUAUGAGAAGGCGAAAUGCAAAUUUAUUUCCACGGUCGACUGCAAACUGAAGGGGACAUUGGACUCCACAUAUUUUCUCGACCACUUGAAGAAUGCAGCAAAUUUUAUGGGAGGAAUUGAGACCGCGUUGGGGGAGGGGAUCACCCAUUUCUUGGAGAUUGGACCACACCCUAUUCAGCUACAGAUGAUCAGGGAUAGUUUGGACAAUAACGACCCCACGUGGAGGGAGAAGGAUUACAUGUUCUUUACUUCCUUGAGGAGAAAGUUGGACGACAAGGUGUGUCUGUUGGAUACACUGGGAAGAUUGUAUGCGAUUGGGCAUGAUGUGGAUUGGAAAGAGGUGGAGAAAGUAUUCCCGGCUUGAUUUGCACGAAUAAUACUUAGAUAAUUCCAAGAUUUAGCGUAUUGAAAGAUGUGUGUAUAUUGGACACACAUAUUAUCCACAAGAAUCCAGCUACAUAUGUAGUUUUAUUUUAAAAAAAAAUCUAUGUAUGCAAAGAAUUUCAGCCAAUUUUACGACAUUCAUUAAUUGUGAUGGCAAAUAAAGCAAA